AUGGGAGACGGAUCUAAUGCUGACAAUGGCGACGUUUUAACUGCAUCGCAGCACGUCCUGUCUGCCGCCGCACCUAUAGACCGCAAUACGGAACUAGAUUCUAUCGUCAAUGAAAUGCGAACUUUCAUAGCAGGGGAGAACCGUCAUGCGAACCUGGAUGGCUGUCUCACGGUGCGCUGCAAGACCGAGGAGAUCGAAGACGCUGUAUAUGCUCUCGGGAUCGUGUUCGAUCUUCACUAUUCUGACUCUCGAGGCAACUUAUGCGUCACAUUCACACUUCGGUCGAAUACGCCUACUGUCGUUGAUGACGACGAAGAGUUGAGAGGUAUCAUCCGCGGAGAUCUUUUGGACACACCGAUACGUUCCAUAGCGAAAAAGUUGCGGAAAUGGAUAUUAGACCCAACGAGUUCAACCUCGGUUCGGGUUUCCAAUGUCGAAAAAGCAAAGCAACUGGCUAGUCUGUUCAGGCUGGCGGUGUGGCAGCCAGAAGGGACCAUGACGGUGAUAUUGACGAAGCCUCGGAAGUCCCGCCUGGGAAAAGUGAUUGAUGAAAGGCGUUUAGAGUUAGUUUUGAGGCAACGGAGGGUACCCUCAAUCAAGAAAGGUCUAAGGAAGCUAGCAAAGAAUGGUCCAGUGAAAUCCCUCGUUUGUAAACUCCGUCAAUUCACUUCAGACGUUGAUGGUCCCAGGUCCAUGACCAUUCCCUGUGAUGCAUUUAACUCCAAGGCUGCGAAGCUUGCCGAUGUGUUUUCCUUGGAUGCUACACCGGAAUCGGAUGUUGUAAUUUUGACGAAGAGAACCCAGGGCCCUAUUGUAGUCGGAAACAGGCUACUGGCGGACGUACUCAGUCAGAAUGGAAAACGGCAAAGGGAGGAGGAUGAAGAAGUUGAAGUCCUAACCGAUUCGUUCAGGGCACCCGAGGAAAAAGUUGGGUUUAAUAUCGAUGAAGAGGCUGGGAAGCUACUGAAGAAUGGUUGUAGCGAGGCCAAGCAGUUUUUCUUUAAAGAAAUUCCUGACCUUCAACAAGUUUCCGAUAUCAGCUUGCUUGAGAAGCGUCUGCAGGAGUUUGCGGACGACCCUGAUGUCAGCAGCUUUGUCAUCCCGUUCACUGCAGAUCCAAGAUUGGCCCCUCUUGCCAAAAGCUUGCACCUAAAGCUCACACACAAAGGAGGCCAGACAAUAGUGAGGAAUCCCAAGUUUAAAAAGGAGUCGACAGAGGUGAUUUCCGUACAGGGGUCUCAGAAGAAACUGAAAAUAUCAGCAUCUUCUGAAAUCCCUGAGGAGUUCCCCGAUAUCGACCCUUCGGUGCUGCGCCUAUGGUUGAAGACCUUUGUAGAUGACGAUCAUGCGCCUGCGGAGAUGACUAUUCCGCCUACGGGCGAGAAGACACGGGAUGCUUUGUGUGAGCUGGCUACUGCUUUUGGACUAAAUUAUACGUUGAGUGAUGGGUUUGUGACGGUGAGAAAAGCUGUGCGGUAG